GGUAAAUAGAAAAGCAAAAAGCUUUAGGUAUAUUCAAGUAGGCCUUUGCAGAUGCUUUUAAAUCGUCAUGUAUUAACGAUCGAUUCGAAAUGCAGAGGAGAGCAACUGAGAAGAGUCAGGCAGAAACGCAGGGAUAUCUCAUUUCCAAAUAAAUGCUUCCAAAUAAAUAAAUAAAACACACGAAAUUUAUAAACCAGUACAUAUAAUAAUGAAGAAAUUAACCGAGAACGAAAAGAUCCUAUUACAGUCAAUUCAGCAAGCUAAAUCCGCCUCCGAUCAAUAGUAGGCUAAAGUCUACAUAUUUCUCUACAAAACUGAUCCAAGAAGACAUCGUUAAUGCCUUUAAGUACUGUUCUCUAAGUUUACCGCUUUUUGCUCCGACUUACUAAGUUUUUAUAAAAACGGACACCGCGCCACUGGAAAUUAGGUAGGUAUGCCAGAUAAAUACUAUUAUUAUGUAUUAUGACCUUAGUUUAUUAAUGGUAUGAAUUAUCAAUUAUUUCUUAUCAGUUAUUUAGUUUGAAGAGUUGAGUAGUACAUUUCGUUCAUUUGAAGUAUGUACACAUAGCGUUAAAAUAUUAGUUAGAGAAUUGAAAAAAAUGGAAACACCAUCGUUAUAUCAUCGAGCUCUUUCCGAAGUGACAAAAAGUGAAAAAUAUCAAAAAAAAUACGACUAUUUAUACAAUGUAGCACUAGCUUGCCUGUGGUCUAUGGCAUUUAACAAUAUAAUUCUGGCCCUCACGAUUAUUCCCUAUACUUGUGAGAUACCAGACGCUCCUAAGAAUGUGAACAGAGAAGAUUGGAAGGAAAUGUGGAUUCCGAAGAAUCAGUUAGGCGGCAAUAUGACAAUAUUCAGCAAUUGCUUAAUUUAUGACGAAAAUAACAACAUCACAGAUUGCAAACGUUACCGAUACGAUAAUACUUGGUACAAAAGUACGAUUCCUUCAGAGAACAAUUGGGUGUGCGAAAAAGAAUAUUAUGUAAUAAACAUUUUAUCACACAACAAGAUUUCUGAAACUGUUGGAUCACUUAUCUUUGGUUGGUUUGGUGAUGCGUAUGGACGACGGUUAACGUACAUGAUUUCCUUGUUAUUACUUGUGAUUGGAAGAACGAUAUCAAUAAUUUUCAGUCAUUCCGUUGUCAUAUUUAGUAUAGGAUGUUUAAUAGCCGCUUUCCCAGCGACUUCUGCCUUACAAUGCACAUCUUCGAUUUCAAUGGAGAUUUCAUCUCCUAAAAGAAGAUCGAGUAUCGCUAAAUUACGAUUUAUUGCUUCAAGUGUUGGUUUGUGCCUGAUGCCCCUAUUAUAUUGGUGGAUAAGAGAAUGGAAAUUAUUUAUGAUUACGACGACAGUCACGCAAUUGCCAUAUUUACUGUGGUCGUGGAAGAUGAUCGAAUCUCCGCAAUGGUUGUGGAUAAAUCAAAGAAACAAAGAGUGUGAGAACAUUUUAGAGCAAAUAGCGAAAGACAAUCGCACUGCGUUGAGCAGCCAAACAAAACAAUUGAUCUCAGCAUCGCACGAAGAACACACCGAAAAACAAUUUGGAUUCCUUCUUCUUUUUUCCAACAAGGAAUUAGCCCUUGUUACGAUUUUACAGCUUUUUAUAUGGGUAUCAGUAACAUUAAGUUACACCGUCAGCUUUUUAAGUUCAGGAGAAAGCUCACAAACAAAUCCUUUUUUAGAUUUUGCUUUUCAGUCACUUGCUGAAAUACCAGGGCACUUUUCAGGAGCUUGGUUAGCCGAUAAUAUAGGUCGUCGGUAUACCUGUGUAGUUUCAUUUGGUGUGUCGUCUGUUGCAUGGGUCAUAAUUGGUUUCAAAGAUUUUGUCAUGUGGCCAGAUGUCGAAUGGAUUUUGAUAUUCGUACAGGUUUUAAAUAGAUACUCUAUAACUAUAUCUUACUACAUUAUAAAUCUACUUAAUAUGGAAAUUUAUCCUACUGCCAUGCGUCAGUCUGGAAUGGCUUUGGGCAAUUUGAUUUCUGGAAUAGCGGCAGCGAUUGCUCCCUAUGUACUUUUAUUGGGACAUAAACACGGAUCCUUUUGGUCUUCAGCCAUCCUAAGCCUGUUCUCAAUAAUAGGAUUGAUGUCAGGCUUAGGCCUACCAGAGACAGUAGCUCGCAGGAGACAUCCAAUUUGAAUUACCUGAAGCCGCAUAAAAAACUAGAAUGUGUCGAAAAGAAAAAAUAAAUUUGUAGUAAAGAAAAUUUAAGUAGUAGCCAACCGCAAACUGAAGAAUUUUCUUUUUCUUAGAUUUUUCAGUAAGGCAAUAGGUUUUUUAGUACGGCGUUGUUUCUAGCGUCGAGCUUGUUAAAUUCUCAAUAGAUAAACUCGAUCUCAUAGUUAACUAUCUCUUGAUAAACCCUCGACCUACCUAAAUACUCUGUUAAAUAAUUUGAAAAAUAUCGAAAUAUUAUCCCAGUAAAAUGGAGGGAAUUUGCUGAAACUUUAUCAAUGGACUUUUUGGAAGAACCCAAGAAGCUACAUCCAGCGGCUUUGUUUCAUUUCUCCUAAUUUGUGCACUUUCACAGACCGUAAACAGUUACUAAGCUGUCUUUAUUACAUAAUAUUCAAACCUGAAGAAACAAUAAGUUAACAAAACAAUUCACUUAACUUCGCCUCCUCGCGUUCCCGCCAAAAAGUUUCCGAUUAAUUUGUUAAAUUUGGCACACUGUUCGAACUUAUUCAUAGUUAAUACAGUUAUUAUAGUUUUAUUCUGUAAUGUAUUACAUCUAUUUCGAUGAGGAAAAGGCUAUUUUUUUUUUGUUUAAGCGUCAUUUUUGAAGGUGUACAGGAGAGCCAUUUAAAGUUUAAAUUUUGGAAAAAAUAUCAUGACAAAAAACUUCAUAAGCUAUUUGGAUGUGGUAAACAUAAUUGAAAAGUUCAAUUAAAACAUCGAAUUGUUGAUAGUACUUACUACUACUGCGCUGGCGCUAUGACCCCGAUGUGGGUCUAACAAUAAACGUCACCAUUCAUGAUCAUCCAUGUAUCAUGUUGAUACUAAUACUAAAUAAAACGGAUCUUUAAGUACAAAGAUAAAUGUCACGUAUUAAACGAAAUUUCGCUUAAACCAAAUAUCCUUUCACCCCUCGAUAUUAUUAUGUUCUUUUUAUAUAAUAUUAUACAGUUAUUAUAGUUUUUUAUUAAUGUUCUAUGUACAUAAUUUUUCGGUUGUAACGAUCCGCUUAAAUUCGUAGAAUCUUUCUCCAUUUUGUUGUUAAGACGUCUGUUUGAUUAAAUCCAGUUUUCAUAGUGUGUUUCGUGUGCUUGUCUAGAGGUGCGUGGCGCUGUCCUGAUUAUGAUGUAAACAGCCUCUGGUACGAGGUGAACCGUGAGCAUGUUCAUGACAAUUAAUUGUAUCUUGUCAAGAAAAUGUGUGUGAUAUAGGAGAUAAAAUAAAAAAAAUUGUCUGCAGCCAUAUAGUUGCAAAAGCAAAAACUUAAUUUUCUUUUAAGUAUGUAGUAGUAGUUUUAUUAAGAUUAAAGAAUUAUCAUAA